AUGACCGAGAGAGGUGUAUAUUCUCUAAGUGGACCACUCAGUGAUGUUGAAUUCAGAUUAAAUAUUGAAUUUUGCGAACCAACAGCACUACAAUCUUUUGAUGCUUUCACGGAAAAUGCAGAGCAAGCAAGUUUUGCAGCCCCUAGUAUUUUGAUUGAAAAGUGUACCUUUAAAUGGCAGCAAAAGCUUCCUUUAAAUAGAACCAGAGUAUCACAAGAAAUUACACAAGACUGUUUUCAACAACAUGACUCUGAACAAAAUUUGACCAGCAGUAAAAGAAAUGAAUUCCGUGUGUUCACUCUCGUUAAUGGCGAAAAACCAGCUGGUAUUAAAGAAAUUAACGAAGAAUGGAAGAAUUCUUCAGAGAAUAAGUUGACAGAUAAUUUCGCAGUACCUAUGAACAGGCGUAUUGAACCAAUAAUAACGUCACACUGGAAUCCUAUCAUUGAUUUACCAUCCAAAGAGCAUCAAAAGAAAAUAAGAAGUGUACAAUACGUGAAAGAAACGAUGUACAUUAUGGCCUGCUUAGGUCCAAUACAAGAUAAUAAUACACAAGAAUACGAAGACACUAACCAAUAUGUUAUAUGUAAGAUUACAACAAUAAAUGAAACGAAUGUAAUCAUUGAACCAGAUUUAUUUUCUACAAAUAGUAAAAUCGAAACUCCUUACGGCACGUACAAAGCACAUUUGUUCAUCAUCAAAAACGAUAAUUUGGAUACAAUUAGCGAUGAUGACCUAAAUCAGACCAGUUAUGAAGGAAACCGCAUAAUAAUGACUGAUAUUCCAGCCGAAAAAACCACUGAAUUCAUUUAUCUUAUCGAUAUUGAACGCGCAAUAAAUUUUGCUCAUGAUGGAUUAAGCGUUGAGUACAAAGUUGAUACACCUUUGCAGUGUACAGUAAUUGACUCAUCCCUUUUACAAAGAAGAUCAUUUAUUAGUGAUUCAUGCCCAAGAGGAAAGGAUGAUGAAGCCGUAUUUUCUCAACAAAUCUGCAUCACAUUAGUUAUCAAAGAAAUGGAGCAAUUUUUAGCAGAUUUUCAUUGGCCUCGAAUAAUUUUCCGAGUUUCUGCAGAAGAUUACUGGGGACAUCUUUCCAUAAAUGGUUUCGGACAUUUAACAUUGCCAUCUAUCGCUGGAAGGUAUUUACUAUUGUUCAAUUCAUGCUACAAGAAAAAAAUGUAUGCGUUUGACAUUCAAUGUUGGAAGUAUGAAGGUGAAGAAAACAGGAUAAGCACGUUAUUUAAACAUUAUAUCUCUGAUGUAGUCAAUUUCAAUCAAGGAGAUUUGGCUUUACCAAUUGAAACCGCUUCGUCUACAUUAGGUCCGAUAGCAUCUAGCAUCGGACUCAAGACUACAUGUUCAGGAACGCUUAAAAUUAAUGUGCAAUGUCUGAUACAAAGUCAGAAAUUCAUUUGCCAUGAACAUGCGCAUAAAAUGAAAUGCACGACUUUGAAACAAAGUGCUGGGAUAUAUUCACGGAUACACAGAAAAAUUCUCAAAGUGCUGUCACAGUUUGAAGAAGCGAGAAAAAAUCUUUCGAAAAUUCGAGAUCAGCCCAUACAUACUGUUUCCUAA